AUGUCUACAGCCAAAGGUCGUAAAAUUGCAGGGUUCAUUGGUGGAUUAAGUGGUCUUGUAGUUGGUAUAUGGUUCUUUACAAAAAAUUAUGAAUUAGUUAAAUUUACACCACCAGAGAGAAAUCCAGAUGGUUCAUUAAAACCUAAAAAGUUUAAGGUAACUUUCCAACCAACAUCUCCAUUAAAAUUGAAACCUGAAGUUGAAGCAAAACAAAAACAAGCAAUUAAGGAGAAAUAUCUUUCAGGGAAAAUGACUGAACAAGAAAAAAAUGAAUAUGAACAGAUACUUCAAGAACCAACAAAUUAUUAA